UGUAAUUACAUACGAAAAUAUUUUCCUAAAAAUCAUUUACGUUUAAAAAAAAUUUACAUAUGGUUUACACUCAUUUAUUUUGAUUUGAAUCAAUAUGACUUAUGUGUUGAAUAUUGCGAAAAGUUACUUAAAAUACGAAUAAUAAAUGAUUAUGAGACAUCUACUAUGGUAUAUACAAUGCUUGGAUUAUCUUAUAUGAUUAGGAAACGUUUUAAUGAAGCUUUGAAAUAUUAUAAUAAAUUAUUAGAAAUGCAAGAACAACAUAAAGAUUUAUUUGAAAUUGACGGUAAUGAUCGUAUGGAUAAUGCACGGAUGAAUGCCAAUAUUGGACAAUGUUACCUUUUGACAAAACAAUAUGAUUUCGCGUUAAAAUUUUAUUCUACUCGAAAAUAA